AUGCACUGCUCUCACCAUGUCUUCUGCAACGAAACACGCUACGUUCUUGGAAACCCCGUCUGGAGGUUCCUCUUCAACGCCUCCUUCCCGAAUACAGAGUUCUUCCCCGGGGCAGGCGCAUACCAUGCCAUGGAGAUCCAGUUCUUCUUCGGGGCGUAUAAACAGGAGAAUGCGACGGAUUUCCAGCGUGAGGUAGGUUGGGUCAUGCAGAAGGCGUGUGUGGAUUUUGCAAAGGAUCCAACGCAGGGUCCAGGAUGGGCGCAGGUUCCAGAGAUUGGGGUUUUUCGGGUCUGGAGUUACGCCGUAUGUUAG